GAAGAGAUCGCAGUUUAGUGGCGCUGGCUUCUUCGAUCCUUUCUCCUUCGCUUCUGGAUCUGCUCCGGUAAGCAGUUUGUUCCUCCACCUUCGGAUUCAUAGGUCGCUUCUCAUGGAUCUGCGCUAUUUCUGUAUCGCCCGUGUAAGAAUGGUAGAAUUGCAGUCGAUUCCUUGAAGCCUAUGGGUGGUUGGAGCUCACAGCUCCUCUUGUUAUAUCUGGCUGUUCUUUGCUCUGCGAAUUAUGUUUUAUGUGGGAGUACAAGUCCAUACGUACGUUCAGAAUAUCCAUCUACCGAUAUCCCUCUAGAUAAUGAAGCGUUUGUUAUUCCGGAAGGUUUCAACUCCCCGCAGCAGGUGCAUAUUACUCAAGGUGACUAUGAUGGGAAAUCGGUCAUAGUCUCCUGGGUGACAACUUCUGAGCCUGGUUCAAGCGAGGUCUGGUAUGGCACAGAGGAGAACAAAUAUGAGCUUAAAGCUGAAGGAGAAACAACAAACUACACAUUUUAUGAUUAUAGUUCCGGAUUUAUUCAUCACUGCCUUAUUGAUGAACUCAAGUAUAACACAAAGUAUUAUUAUAAAAUUGGAGCUGGUUCCUCUGCUAGAGAAUUUUGGUUCCAAACACCACCUGAGAUCCAGCCAGAUGCUGCAUACACAUUUGGCAUAAUUGGUGAUCUGGGGCAAACUUAUAAUUCUCUUUCCACUCUCGACCACUACAUGAAAAGUGGUGGACAAACUUUGUUGUUUGUUGGAGAUCUCUCUUACGCAGAUAAUUAUAAACAUAAUGAUGGUGUCCGCUGGGAUUCAUGGGGUUGCCUUGUGGAAAAAAGUGCUGCAUAUCAACCAUGGAUUUGGACGACUGGCAAUCAUGAAAUAGAGUAUCGACCUGAUUUGGGAGAGACCACUAUGUUCAAAGCAUUUUUGCACAGAUUCUCGACGCCUUACAAGGCUUCCCAGAGCAGUUCACCCCUUUGGUAUGCAAUCAGGCGUGCAUCUGCUCAUAUUAUUGUGCUUUCAAGCUACUCUCCCUUUGUCAAAUAUACUCCACAAUGGCAUUGGCUGCGGGCAGAGCUGAAGCGAGUCAACAGAGAAAAAACACCAUGGCUGAUCGUCCUCAUGCACGCCCCCCUUUACAACAGUAAUACAGCGCAUUAUAUGGAGGGUGAGGCUAUGCGAGCUGUUUUCGAGAAGUGGUUUGUGAAAUAUAAAGUCGAUAUGGUCUUUGCUGGUCAUGUGCAUGCCUACGAGAGAUCGUAUCGCAUUUCCAAUAUAAACUACAACAUAACUACGGGCAACCGUUAUCCUGUGCCCGACAAAUCAGCUCCUGUAUACAUUACCGUUGGCGAUGGAGGAAAUCAGGAAGGUCUUGCUGGAAGAUUUUUUGAGGUGCAACCUGACUACUCUGCGUUCCGGGAAGCAAGUUACGGGCAUUCAACCUUGGAACUGAAGAACAGAACUCAUGCUUUAUACCAUUGGAAUAGAAAUGAUGACGGAAAACAUGUACCGAUAGACCACCUUGUAUUUCACAACCAAUACUGGGCAAGCAACACGAGGAGGAGACGAUUGAAGAAGCACAAAUUCGCGAGCCAUGCUGGCCUUUUUGCCAAAUACGGAAAGAUCUUGGAUUCGCUUCCGUGAUCAUAUUGAAGCAAAAAAAGCUCAUCUGUUUCAUGAGUUUGGCCAGAAAGACAGCCUUGGAAUGUUUGUGUAGUAUGUUGAAUCAUUUAUGGGUGCUCGUGUUUAUAUAUCGACGACCGCGGGCUUCUUGUUUGUAUCAUCCAAAUAGUUUGCCUUAUUCAAUUAUGGCCUUGCUGCUAAUGUUUUUUUAUUUAAAUAAUAAUAAUUGUUGCUACCGCGGAUGUUCUUCCUUGUGAAUCUCAAACAAACGAUAUUUUCCUCCUUUCUAUUAUGUAAUCAGACGGUUAUGAGUGUA